CGGCACUACGUCGAAAUCCGAAUCCUUUUUUCCACUACAAAUUAACAAAGCAAGACAAAAAUAAUACAGAGUAUAAUUAAACAGUAAUAAUGGCCUUCCUAAUACUCGUUUAACUAAAAAGAAUUAUACAACAAUCUCUUCUUCAACAAUCUACAGCAACAAAUAAAACGCGGCGUGUAAUUGAAAUACAGCUUCAAACUGAGUUAGCUACAUAUCCAAGGAAAUGUGCGUGAAGUGACGGGGCCACAUAAAGGCAAGCAAUUUGGUUCAGUGGCCCUCUCUGAGAAAUUGGGCGAAAAUAUAAUUACCCAACCAUACGAAUACGACUACAUUCGUCGGGUUCGACCAAAAUGCGCGUUGAGUAUUUUGGCCAUCGGAAGAAUUGAUUUAUAUAUUCGCUCGGCUCCCUUCUAUUUUUGCUGGCACCCUAAAAUGGCUACAUAUUCGCCCAUGUGCCUGCUGUUAUUAGCCAGUGUUGGUUGCAGCUUAGCCGCACCACCACAGCAACAGCAACUUCAGCCUGAACUGACCAGCAUGCAUCAACAACAAAAACAUUCCAAUGCCAUAAUGGGCGAGGCAGGCGUUAGUAAUUCACAGAUAUUACUGCCCUCGGUAACUGCACAUGGCGGCGCUGGUGGGCUGAUGGGUAUGGGUGGUGACGUUGUCUACGAUGCACCCGAUGACUGCCACUUUUUACCCGCCGCAGACCUAAGGCACCCUGAUGUAGCGCUAACGUGCAGUCUGCGUACAGUAAACAGCGAAUUUGAUACAACGAACUUCAGUGUGAUUCCUGCUGAGCAUACGGUAGCAUUACACAUACUCUGCAAUGACGAAAUCAUGACCAAAAGCAAACUAAAGGAGCACUCAUUUGCACACCUGUCUCAACUGCAACAAUUGUCUAUAGAAUACUGCAAGCUGGAGAAGUUUGGGCGUUAUGUACUAUCCGGAAUGGAACAUCUGCGCAAUCUUACUGUGCGUACACAUAAUACACUUUGGCCAGCCCUAAACUUUGAGAUUGAACCGGAAGCCUUCGUUGUGGCUAAGCAGCUUGAGCGCCUUGACUUGUCUUCAAAUAAUAUAUGGUCCCUGCCUGACAACAUAUUUUGCACUCUGACUGCAUUGUCUGCCUUAAAUAUGAGUGAGAAUCGCCUGCAAGAUGUUAAUGAGUUGGGGUUCAGAGAUCACUCUAAGGAAGCUCCUAGUACUUCCACGGAUACAUUUACCACUCAGGCUAGUAAGCGCAUAAUUCAUACAUCCUGCAGUCUGGACUUGGAGCUAUUGGAUGUUAGUUUUAAUCACUUUGUACUACUACCUGCCAGUGGUUUUGGUAUGUUGCGACGAUUACGGAUACUGCAAGUGAAUAAUAAUGAAAUUUCGAUGAUAGCGGACAAAGCUUUGGCUGGUCUAAAAAAUUUACAAGUGCUCAAUUUGAGUUCAAAUAAAAUUGUUGCACUCCCAUCUGAGCUUUUUGGGGAGCAAAGCAAAACAAUCCAGGAGGUCUACCUGCAGAAUAAUUCUAUCAGUGUAUUAUCGCCACAGCUGUUUUCCAAUCUUGAUCAACUUCAAACUUUGGAUUUGUCCUUCAAUCAAAUUACAUCCACUUGGAUUGAUCGCAACACUUUUGUGGGCCUUAUUCGGCUUGUUUUGCUAAAUUUGUCCCACAAUAAAUUAAGCAAAUUGGAGCCCGAGAUUUUUAGUGAUUUGUAUACCCUUCAAAUAUUAAAUUUGCGCUAUAAUCAAUUGGAAAGUAUAUCUGCCGAUACAUUUGCGCCCAUGAACAAUCUGCACACGUUACUUCUCUCUCACAAUAGGCUGAAUUAUUUAGAUGCCUAUGCUCUUAAUGGACUAUAUGUGCUCUCACUGCUUUCUUUAGAUAACAAUGCAUUAAUAGGAGUACAUCCUGAUGCCUUCCGCAACUGCAGUGCUUUGCAGGAUUUAAAUCUGAACGGGAAUCAGCUGAAAACUGUACCGCUUGCCAUGCGAAAUUUACGACUGCUUCGCACUGUCGACCUAGGAGAAAAUAUGAUAACGAUUUUGGAGGACAAUGCCUUCAAAGGUCUAGGAAAUUUGUACGGCCUACGACUCAUUGGAAAUUAUUUAGAAAAUAUAACGAUGCACACUUUUCGAGAUUUACCAAGCUUGCAAAUUUUGAACUUGGCCAGAAAUCGCGUGUCUGUCGUAGAACCUGGCGCGUUUGAUAUAAUCUCCAGCAUUCAGGCAAUUCGUUUGGAUGGAAAUGAGCUGGCUGAUAUCAAUGGGCUUUUCAGCAAUAUGCCUUCGUUACUUUGGUUGAAUAUUUCUGAUAACCGAAUAGAAGAAUUUGAUUAUUGGUACAUACCUGGUACAUUGCAAUGGUUGGACUUACAUAAAAAUUGUUUACGAACACUUCUUAAUCGCUACGGCUUUAAAACAGGGCUGCGGCUACAAACUCUUGAUGUAAGCUUUAAUCAAAUACAAGAAAUCUCCCCUGCUUCCAUUCCGAACUCAAUAGAGCUGCUGUUUCUCAAUGACAAUAUGAUCACUACCGUAGAUCCUGAUACUUUUAUACAAAAGACAAAUUUAACACGUGUCGAUCUCUAUGCCAAUCAAAUCACUACGCUGGACAUUAAGUCACUCCGAAUUUCGUCAGUUCAGGAGCAUCGUACUCUCCCUGAGUUCUACAUAGGUGGAAAUCCAUUCACAUGUGACUGCACCAUCGACUGGCUUCAGAAGAUCAAUCUUAUCACAUCU